ACUUGUUGCUGAUUAUAGUGAUAGCUUGUGGGCUUGUUGUGAGAGCGGCAUAAUUUUGGCAAUUUAACGAAAAUGUCGAGACAAUUUGUUGGUUUUUCCGAUGCUGAUAUUUACAAGAUCACGCGCCAAUCGAACGGAAAAGAUGCCGGAAAAAAUCUUACACGUCCUCACCAAAAACCUGUGCGACUAGGAGGAAAGGCAGUCCCAGCAACAAGCGAUCCCGAACCUGCCCAGAACCCAACUCAGUCUAAUGUGGCCGACAGCAGCACCAGUUGUGUGGAUUCCAGUAUCUACCCUAACCAUCCGAUUCAGCAAGCGGUCGCAUUUAAGCCACUUCCGGUCAUGAUGAAUGCACCGGAAGACGAAUCGAUUUUGGUACUGCCACAUGGUCAGCAACAAGCUGGAGGACCAGCUGGUCCCAGUGUUGGAAUGUUCAAUGGGGUUUCGUUGAUGGACAAACCUACACUAGCCGGACUUCCAGCUUCUACGCCUAUGGUAAAGGCUGAUUCAGAUUCCGUCACCCCAUUCAAAGGGAUGUCGCUGAAGGAUUUUGAACAUCAACGGAAGAUGAUGCAGGAGCAAAAUCGACAGAAACGCCAAAUCCUUCAGAAAGCAAUCGACCAGCAUGCCCAAAAAACAGCGGCCGAGGCAAACAAAAUACAAGAAAUCAAAUCGGAACUAGAAAAACUGGACUCCGAGCUGGCAUCGGACGUAGCAAUUUUGCGGAAACAGAUCGAUGCUGCUAGUUUGCACUUCUCCAAUGUCGAAAAAAACUACCUCAACAUUGAAAACCUUUUCCUGAAGGCAAAGUUGGACCUGCACCAGGCCCUGGAACGUAAGGAAAUGUUAACUGAGCAUCUUUGCACUAUAAUCUCUCACAACGAAGAACGCAAAGCCAAACGCCUCUCGGAAUUGAUGGAAAAGGUUGGCCUCUCAGUUAAUGGCGAUCUGGACGAUACCGUCAACAGCGACAUAUCCUCAGCACAAGUUUCUUCCACGGUUGAUUCGAUUAAUAAUAAUUGAGCUUACUCACUGCCGUACCAAUUUAAGCAAAAAACAAAACAGAUAAACGUACUAGCCGUGGAGAUAUUCGAUAAGAUAUUUAACAAACAAAACUAACCAAAAACAAACAUCAUCAAUUUAUGAUAAAGUGAAACAAAUGCGGUGAGAAAAUAUUCAACUUGAAUGAUACGGUGAAAAGUGUUCUGCAAUAAUAUUUUAACUGAUCUAUUUUAACUGUUGCUACAAGUUGAUCUUUUGAUGAAUCUUUUAUAACCGUUGCGCUAAGGUUGUUACAAUAUUCCACAUUAUGCAUGAAAGUAUUUUCUUAUGAACAAAGAGCGACAAAUAGAAACAAACUAUUACAUUUUUAGAUCUUUUUAUACAAAAUGGAAACAACUAGAACGUAAAAUGAGUACUCGCUCUCGAACUAUAAUAGCAAUAGAUUAGUGUUUACGAAUAUUCUAUUAAGUAUUCUGACGCAAUUUACAAACCUCUAUCCAAAUAAAAAAA